AUGGCCCCUGCUGCCAUGGCAGAUCUCGACGAUGAAGACGCCAAAGGCAUAGAUGCCGAUGCCGACAACGCUGACGAUCCAAUGAAUGUGGCCGUUUGCGGUCCCACCGAAGAGGAACAGGCCAAUUGGGAGAAGGAAGGAGCCGUACAAAGCCGACAAAAGGCGUUGUUCCGGAGGGCCAAAGCCAUUGGCUUUGAUAUUGGGUUCGAGUAUGAAAUAUAA